AUGGGCUCUCCCAGCUGGCCAUUGGAUGGAUCGGUUUUUGGGAUCAGCUUGCUGCAUUUGCUUGUGUGCUGCACAACGAUGUCACAAAUUGCUGGUGGCACCAAUGAAGUUAUGAGGACCCGCGAUGGGGACAACAUCUCCUGCACUCUGAAAAUGGAUGGACAGUGGCAACACAAGGCUUCAGUUCAAGCAGACUAUCUUUCUAGGGGAGGUGAAGAAGCCCCUCCACGGCGGUUUCCAUACAUGGUCAGCCUCAAGCCAACCUUUGGGGGGGAUCAUACUUGUGGAGGUGUCCUCAUUGGUCCCCUCCAUGUGCUGACAGCUGCACAUUGUGAGAGGGAUAUUGGACGCAAUCCCUUUGUUCAGAUCGGCGGUCACUUUUCCCAUGAUAAUGGCAGCAGUGAUGGCGCAGAGGUAAUGAGGGCAGCAAAGUGGAUUCCACAUCCUAAAUGGAAUGGUAAAUUUCAAGAUGGUUACGACAUAGCACUGGUGGUACUUCAAAAGGAAGCCAGGGAAGCUGUGCCAAUUCUGUUGCCAGAUGGAGAAUCAAGAAUAGUGCCAAAUACAAAAGUUCUUGGGCUAGGAUGGGGUCUAAAUUUCAAGUUUAGUGCUCCUGACAAGAGGUGGGAACAGACUUCCAACACCGCUCUCCAGGAAACUACAUUGAAGGUUGUGGAUAGCAAACGCUGCCCCCUAAAGCUGAAGAAGCACCUUCAAACGCGUAUGGUGUGUGUGUAUGACAAGAGUCAAUGCCCGUGCAAAGGCGACUCUGGUGGACCUCUCAUUGCACCCGAUCGAAAUGGCUGGAGAAACAACAGCGGAUGGCCUGGAGAAGAUCUGCUGUUGGGCAUCGCAUCAAUAGGCAGUGGAGACUGCAGGCUGGCUGAAUGUGCUGCACUGUACACAGAAGUGGCAGGCUUUCGCACAUGGAUUGACAAUGCCAUUACAAAGCCUAAAGUUGACGUUGCAGUGGCCCUGCGGCUACUCUGGGCCCUUUCUGCACUGGUCGCCACAGUUGCCAUGUUCAUGCUCUUUACAUGCGCUGGGUAUUUCAUUUUGCAGGGUCCCCGCGGGCCAAAGUAUCAUCAAGCACUGUUGAAGUACGCUGGUGUGCCUGGCAUUCCUGAGUACUACGUAGGAAGGAAGGAUGUUGAGGAGAUUUUGGUGCAGCACCUGACAAAGCAUACACCUAGGGGCCUACAUCCCCAUGUGGCUGUUGAAGGCAUGGGCGGCAUUGGAAAGACCACAAUAGCCUGUGCCGUUGCUGGAAGCAGCAGCCUGUGCGAGUGCUACAAGGACUGCAUAUUGUGGCUGCAUGCUGGUCCCCAAGGAGAUGAUGAAAACGAGCGCAUUCGGUGGCUGGGAGACGUGUAUGCUCGGUUGGAUUGGAUAUUAGGCACCAAUGUGCACAGGAUUCUGGGCAGUGGCGACGUUGGUGGGUCACCAACUCAGGAUUCUCUGAUUGCAGCGAUAAACCACUUGUUCACAAGGAAGAAGUGUCUGGUCAUUGUGGAUGAUCUGCGAUCAAGCUGCAUCUGGGCUGUCGUAACAAAGUUCGAUUGUGCUGUCAUGGUCACAACACAGUUCAGGCACAUUGUUGCCUCAGAUCGUCGCUGCAGAAAAGUGGACAUUCAAGCUUUAUCGGUGCACGAAUCUCAUAGGUUGAUCUGCCAAGCGUCUGGCUCUGGAACUGACUGUCCGCUUUUGCAGGAUCUUGCAAACAUGUUUGGUGGGCACCCAUUGGCGUUAACCAUUGGAGCAGCUCUUUGGAAGCAAACGGUGUCUGACAGCCAUCCAAAUGAGCGUGAGCGUGAGCUCAGUAGAUUGUUGGAUGGGUUGAGAGAUCCUUAUCGGAAGUCGCACAUAAGCAUUCCAACCGAGGCAAUGUUACAUCGAGAAAGCCGAGACAAUCAUGCGACCAUCAGUGCUUGCCUCAGCAUGGCUAUCCGUCGAUUGCCUCGGUCGGAGGAAGAGUCCUAUAUUGUGCUUUCCAUUUUGCCCCAUGGCCAGUGCGCUUCUGUGGAGAUGAUUCGGUCAUUGUGGAACAUCCAGGAAUCAGAUGUCUUAAGGCGGCUGCAGAACUUGGAGGCACUGUCACUGGUUCAUCGUGACAACAGCCGGUGCAGUGCUGUGGGUUCAUGCAGCUGGGGGUUACAUGAUAUCCAAUUGGACCACCUGAGGGCAUUGUCAAAAUUGGAUGAGCAUGAGACAUUGAUGGAAGCUGCAGAACAGAGACAAAGGGCGUUCCUUGCUGACAUAGACAAUUUCCAGACGAUCCACAACGCAGUUGGCAAAUGGAGAUUGCUGCGCUUCUGGCGUGAAGUUGCCUCCUUUGGAAACAUUUCAAGGGCAUAUCGAGAGUCUGCUCAAAGAAAGUGGCCGAAUUUUGGUGAAGGACUUACCGACUGCAGUGGAGCAGAACCAAACGUGCACGAAAUGAGCCAUGUGCAUCGCUGCGCUAUGGAACUGAUGAAACUGUUGCCAGAGGGGUUUCCAAAAUUUUGGCAAACGCUCAGUGCGCUCGACCAUUUGCAUGGUGGCCGACACCCUAGCCAAUCUGAUUUAAGUACGCUCUUCACUCUGGUUCAGUUUCUGAGAUUCAUUGCAGAAUAUUGCACUGCUGGGGAGCUCGUGGUGAGGAUGUUAGCAUGGGUAAAACUAAAUGGAAAUCCACACGACUUCUGUGUGAUAAAAAUUGUGCAGGAGCUGGGAUGCAUAUCCCACAGUGAGGGCCAAAACAAGCUGGCCGAAGGGUGUCUUCGAAUGGUAUUGGAAAGCGCGAAGAAGCAGCUGGUGGAGAACCACCCUGAUAUCGCCACUUCUUUGAACAAUUUGGCGUCAGUUCUUAGAGCACAGGGAAACUAUGAAGAAGCAGAGGCAUUGUACAGAGAGGGACUGGAAAUGAGGAAGGAACUUUUCGAUGACGCCCACCCAGAUGUCGCUGCUUCUCUGAAUCAUUUGGCACUGGUGCUUCGCAACCAAGGGAAAUACGAGGAAGCAGUGGAACUUCACAGAGAAGGGCUGGAAAUAAGGGAAAAGGUGCUGGGUGAAGUCCACCCAGAUGUUGCUACAUCUUUGAGCGGUUUAGCUACCGUGCUUGCAAACCAAGGAAAAUAUGGAGUGGCAGAGGCACUGUACAAAAGAGGUUUGGAAAUGAGGAAAAGGGUUCUGGGUGAGGUCCAUCCGGAUGUGGUUGCUUCUUUGACGAAUUUAGCAUCGGUGCUCAGUAACCAGGGCAAAUACGAUGAGUCAGAGAGCGUUUGCAGGGAUGGGCUGGCAUUGGGGAGGGGGCUGGGUGCAGUCCACCCGUACGUUGCUGGUGCUUUGAACAACUUGGCACUGGUGCUCAACAACAAGGGGAAGUAUGAAGAAGCAGAGAAAUUGUACACCGAAGGGUUGGAAAUGAGGCAGAAGCUGUUUGGCAAAGUCCACCCCUCUAUUGCUGCCUCAUUAAACUGUUUGGCAUUGGUGCUUCGUAACCAGGGCAGGUAUGACGAAGCAGAGAGACUUCUUAAACAAGGUUUGGAAAUGAGGAAGGAGGUGUUUGGUGAAGAACAUCCGCAUGUUGCUGCUUCUUUAAACGAUUUGGCAUCUGUGCUGAUAUGCCAAGGAAAAUACGAAGAUGCAGAGAGGCUUUGCUGGGAAGGGUUGAAGAUUAGAAAGCAAGUGCUGGGCGAAACCCACCCAGAUGUCGCUGCCUCUCUGAACAAUUUGGCAUUGAUUUUUAGUAGCAAGGGGAGGCUCGCAGACGCAGAGAGGCUUCACAAGGAAGGGCUGGAGCUGAAAAAGAAGGUGGUUGGGGAUGAGCAUCCAGAUGUAGCCACGUCAUUGAGUCAUUUGGCAUCGGUGCUGGGUAGGCAGGGGAAGUACAAAGAAGCAGAGGUCCUUCACAAGGAAGGGUUGCGAAUGAGGAAGAAGGUGUUGGGCGAGGUCCACCCGGAUGUUGCCGCGUCUUUGAAUGAUUUGGCAUUGCUGUACAGUGACUGGGGGAGGUACCGCGAUGCAGAGGAGCUUCAUAGGAAGGGGCUUGAUAUGAAGAGAAGGGUGUUUGGUGAAGUCCACCCAGAUGUUGCCAUAUCUGUGAACAAUUUGGCCUGGGUGCUGAGAAACCAAGGGAAAUACGAUGAGGCCGAGAGGCUUCACAGAGAAGCGCUCAAAAUGAGGAGGCAGGUCUUGGGUGAGGUCCACCCGGAUAUUGCCACGUCUUUGAAUGGCUUGGCGUCGGUGCUAAAUGACCUGGGAAAAUACGAAGAAGCAGAAGUGCUGCACAGAGAAGGGCUGGACAUGAAGAAACAAAUGCUGGGUGAGGCGCACCCAAAAGUUGCCGCAUCGCUGAAUAAUUUGGCACUGGUGCUUCUUCACCAGGGGAAGUUUGAAGAAGCUGAGGAUCUUCAUAGAGAAAGGCUGGAACUCAAAAAGAAAGUGUUGGGUGAGAAACACCCGACUGUGGCCACGUCGUUGCAUAAUUUGGCGUUGGCGCUUAGCUGUCAGGGGAAAUUCAAAGAUGCAGAGAAGCUUCACAGAGAAGCACUGGAAUUGAGAAAAGAGGUACUCGGCAGGGGCCACCCGGAUGUUUCUGCUUCUUUGAUCAAUGUAGCAUGGGUGCUCGACAGGUUGGGCAGGUGCGAAGAGGCGCAAAUGCUGCGCAGAGAAGGGAUGGAACUCAAAGGGGUUGCAUGA